GAGAGACAGAGUAUGAGCAGGGGAGGGGCAGAGAGAGACACAAACACAGAAUCAAAGUAGGCUCCAGGCUGUCAGCACAGAGCCUGAUGCAGGGCUCGAACUCACAAACUGUGAGAUCAUGACCUGAGCUGAAGUUGGAUGCCUAACUGACUGAGCCAUCCAGGCGUCCCUAUAGUUUUAUUUUUUAUUUUUAUUAAAAAAUUUUUUUAAUGUUUAUUUAUUUUUGAGACAGAGACAGCAUGAACGGGGGAGGGCAGAGAGAGAGGGAGACACAGAAUCCGAAGCAGGUGCCAGGCUCUGAGCCGUCAGCACAGAGCCUGACGCAGGGCUUGAACCCAUGGACUGUGAGAUCACAACUUGAGCUGAAGUCAGAAGCUCAACCGACUGAGCCACCCAGGCGCCCCUAUAGUUUUUUUUUUUUUUAAAUGUUUGUUUAAUUAUUUUGAGAGAGAGAGAGAGAGGGGUAGGGGCAAAGAGAGAAGGAGAGAGAAUCACAAGCAGGCUCCAUGCUGUUGGUGCAGAGCCUGAUGCAGGGCUCAGUAUCACAAACUGUGAGAUGAUGUGAGAUCAUGACCUGAGCCCAAAUCAAGAGUUGGAUGCUUAACCAACUGAGCCACCCAGGUGCCCCUUUAGUGAAGUUGAGUCUCCAUCCUUAGCCCUGAUGAGUUUCCUGAGGAGAGAACUGUUUCAUUUUGUAGUGGAUUUUCUUUGUUGCUUUGCUUCCCUGUUUUCAGUUUCUUUUAAUAUGUUAAUUUAAACUGUGUGUUCUGUUUAUUGGUAGAGUAAUGGUAGAUAGUAUUUGAUUUAGGUAGAAAGUGUGUUAUGUGGUGUGUUUUAAUGACUUUAAUGACUGGCUUGAGGAUUUUAAAUGUGAGGAAUUAAUAUCACCAUAUUAAAAUUUUGAUAUAUUUCUUACAUUAUUUUAAAAACGCAUCUUUUAUAUACUUGUGGAUAAAACAUUUAAUUCCAUGAUUUGCUUUCUAACCUAAUGUUGGGUAACAUUUUUCCAUUCUCACAAUGAGUCUUCAUAACCAUAAUUAUAAAUAGUUGUAUGAUGUCCCAUGUGUUGAUGUAUCAUUCCCCUAUCCUAAAUUUUUGCAUAUAUAAAUAACAGUGUGAAUAACAUUUAUACAUAAGAUAUUUUCUUGUGUAUAGUAUUAUCUUCUAGUAUAUUGCCAACACCAGAAGUGAUUUUUAAGUGUAUUUUUAAAGGCUUAUAAAACCUAUUCGUCACACUAUCAAAAGGAUCAAAUUAUGUUCAUGUUGAAGUGGCUGUUACUCUAUACUUCUACAUUAAGUAUUAUUUAUAAAAACUUAAUAGAGUAUAAGUUAUACCACUUUUUUCUUAGAUUACUAAGGUGAAACAUUGUGCUUAACAGAUGUAUUUCAUUUAUGAAUUAAGAUAAACAGAAUUUCAAAAUUAAUGUAAGUAACCAAAUCUUUUGACCUAAGUUUGUUGUUCACUUUUGAACUUCUGAAAUUGCUUCUCUGGAAAUGUAAUAAAUAAACAAUACUGAUUUAAUACUGUCUCUUUUAGUUUUUCUAAGUUAGAUUAAAUAAAUUGAACUUUUUACCUCAUCUGAUACUAGUGUGAAGUGAGAAUAUAAAUGUUUUUCUCCAAAUUGGUAAUUGUCUCAACUCUAUUAAAUAAUUUUUAUUUUCUCAUUGUUUUGUGUUUCAUUUUUAUAUUUUAAAUGUUUUUUAUUUUAUUUAUUUUUACCCCAAACUUAAAAAAAUAUUAGUAUUGAUUUUUAGAUGAUUCUUAUGACACAUCUUUCUUUUGAUCUGGUGUCUUUUUAUUGUGAUGCUUGAUUUUGUAUUGAUUUUUAAGAGCACUCUACAAAUUGAGGAUAAUAAAGCUUAUUCUGUACAAAAACAGUGUUUUAUAACUCUUUUUCUUGUCAGCCAAAAUUUGAAAUUCUUUUCCCAUACCACAGAAUUUAGUAGGAUUAAAUGAAGCAAUUUCUCCUUUCUUGAAUGGACAAAAUAUAAAACUACUUAAGAGUACUGUAUUAGAGGCUAAACAGAGAAAAACUACUUCGGUAAAUUUUUGUGGAAUUAGAGAAUUAAACUGCUAAGGUCAACAAUUUAGGAUGUGUGCUUAAGGUGUUUUCCUUUAUUAAAUAGCAAUGUGUAGUUUGACAUCAUUAUUAGCCUCCAAUCUAUUUAAUGAAAAAGUGCUAAUUGGCAGUUCUAGAAAUUAAGUUACAGAAUCACAAUACCUUUUUUUUUCAGUUGUUAAGAACAGCGGUAUGGCACAUUUACUGACAUUUAGUAAUGAAUACUCUAAGAAAUUCCGGGUGAGCAUUAGUGAGGGCAUAAUUCAUGCCAAGGAGAACAUUUUUAAUAUUGAAAGUUCUUAUUGUUUAUGAAGGUAUGGUUUUUUUCUUUACAAAAUAAUUAUCCAAGAUCUUAAAAUAAUUUUUUAAAGAAGGGAGAUAUUUUUACCUAUUUACACUUUAAAGCUGUGGAGGCUCCAAAGUUACUAUUUUAUUAAGUAAUGAUUAACAUGUUCUGUUGUUUACAGAUUGGUGUGAUUACAUUAAUGCUAGGAAGAAAUACCAGAUUAACUUUCUAAGUGUGGAAUCAUAAUAAAUAUUUGAAAAAAUGUGUGUCCUGUGCUUGGGGAUCCCAUAAAGAGAAUUGCAGAUACCAAGUUGUGCUAGUACAUCCAUAUAAAUAAUUAAUACCUGAAGUCUCAAUGUAACAUGGACAUUAACAGUGAUGACAAAUAAAUACAGACGCUUGGGAAUCAAAUACUAGGCGAAAAACACUUUUAAAAAGGAAUUUAGGAGGUUCUAGUAUUCUCCAUGGCUGAAGCUGAGAGUCUGAAACCCUGAUGCUUAAGCUCUAUUCUAGAUCAUAGCUCCAACUCCUUCAGGAUAUAAGGAAAAGAUAAUAUUUCCACAAUGAUAGAUCUUUGGUUGUUCAGGUUUCCCAAUGAGUGGAUCAUGAUGACCGUAUUGUAGGGACUUGCCAUAGUAUGGCUGCUUCCCGAUCUACUCGUGUUACAAGAUCAACAGUGGGGUUAAACGGCUUGGAUGAAUCUUUUUGUGGUAGAACUUUAAGGAAUCGUAGCAUUGCUCACCCUGAAGAAAUCUCUUCUCAUUCUCAAGUACGAUCAAGAUCACCAAAGAAGAGACCAGAGCCUGUGCAAAUUCAGAAAGGAAAUAAUAAUGGAAGAACUACUGAUUUAAAACAGCAAAGUACUCGAGAAUCAUGGGUAAGCCCUAGGAAAAGAGGACUUUCUUCUUCAGAAAAAGAUAACAUAGAAAGGCAGGCUGUAGAAAAUUGUGAGAGAAGGCAAACAGAACCUGUUUCACCAGUUUUAAAAAGAAUUAAGCGUUGUCUUAGAUCUGAAGCACCAAACAGUUCAGAAGAAGAUUCACCUAUAAAAUCAGACAAGGAGUCGGUAGAAGAGAGGAAUACAGUAGUGGACAAUGAUGCAGAUUUUCAAGGGACUAAACGAGCUUGUCGAUGUCUUAUACUGGAUGAUUGUGAGAAAAGGGAAAUUAAAAAGGUGAAUGUCAGUGAGGAAGGGCCACUUAAUUCUACAGUAGUUGAAGAAAUCGCAGGCUAUUUGGCUGUCAAUGGUGUUGAUGACAGUGAUUCAGCUGUUAUAAACUAUGACGACUGUCAGUCUGAUGGGAACACUAAACAAAAUAGCACUGGUUCGUAUGUGUUACAGGAAAAGUCAGUAGCUGAAAAUGGGGAUUCGGAUACCCACACUUCAAUGUUCCUUGAUAGUAGGAAGGACGACAGUUAUAUAGACCAUAACGUGCCUUGCACAAAUUCAGAAGUGCAGGUCAAGUUGGAGGACCACAAAAUAGUAACUGCCUGCCUGCCUGUGGAACAUGUUAAUCAGCUGACUACUGAGCCAGCUACAGGUCCCUUUUCUGAAAUUCAGUCAUCCUUAAGGGAUUCUGAGGAGGAAGUAGAUGUGGUGGGAGAUAGCAGUGCCUCAAAAGAGCAGUGUAAUGAAAACACCAAUAACGCCCUGGACACGAGUCUUGAGAGUAUGCCAGUCUCUGGAGAACCAGAAUCAUCUUCUGUUCUAGACUGUGUUUCAGCUCAAAUGAUGUCUUUAUCAGAACCUCAAGAACAUCGAUAUACUCUGAGAACUUCACCACGAAGGGCAGCCCCUACCAGAGGUAGUCCCACUAAAAACAAUUCUCCUUGCAGAGAAAAUGGACAAUUUGAGGAGAAUAAUCUUAGUCCCAAUGAAACAAAUGCAACUGUUAGUGAUAAUAGAAGUGAAUCUCCCACAAAUCCUGAUGAAAUUUCUCAGAAUGAAAAAGGAAUAUUUUGUGACUCUGGAAAUUAUGGGAGUGAAGGACUAAGUAAGCCACCCUCAGAGGCAAGACUUAAUAUUGGACAUUUGCCAUCUGCCAAAGAGAGUGCCAAUCCACACAAUACAGAGGAAGAAGAUGAUGAUCCUGAUGUUUAUUACUUUGAAUCAGAUCAUGUGGCACUGAAACACAACAAAGAUUAUCAGAGACUGUUACAGACGAUUGCUGUACUCGAGGCUCAGCGUUCUCAAGCAGUCCAGGACCUUGAAAGUUUAGGCAAACACCAGAAAGAAGCACUAAAAAAUCCCAUUGGAUUUGUGGAGAAACUCCAGAAGAAGGCUGAUAUAGGGCUUCCAUAUCCACAGAGAGUUGUUCAAUUGCCUGAGAUUGUAUGGGACCAAUAUACCAAUAGCCUUGGGAACUUUGAAAGAGAAUUUAAAAAUCGUAAAAGACAUACUAGGAGAGUAAAGCUAGUUUUUGAUAAAGUAGGUUUACCUGCUAGACCAAAAAGUCCUUUAGAUCCUAAGAAGGAUGGAGAGUCCCUUUCAUAUUCUAUGUUGCCUUUGAGUGAUGGUCCAGAAGGCUCAAACAGUCGUCCUCAGAUGAUAAGAGGACGCCUUUGUGAUGAUACCAAACCUGAAACAUUUAACCAACUGUGGACUGUUGAGGAACAGAAAAAGCUUGAACAGCUACUCCUGAAAUACCCUCCUGAAGAAGUAGAAUCUCGACGCUGGCAGAAGAUUGCAGAUGAACUGGGCAAUAGGACAGCAAAGCAGGUUGCCAGCCGAGUGCAGAAGUAUUUCAUAAAACUAACUAAAGCUGGCAUUCCAGUCCCAGGCAGAACACCAAACUUAUAUAUGUACUCCAAAAAGUCUUCCACAAGCAGACGACAGCACCCCCUUAAUAAGCAUCUCUUUAAACCUUCCACUUUCAUGACUUCCCAUGAACCACCAGUGUAUAUGGAUGAAGAUGAUGACCGAUCCUGUUUUCAUAGCCACAUGAACACUGCUAUUGAAGAGGCAUCAGAUGAAGAAAGUAUUCCUAUUAUGUAUAGGAAUUUACCUGAAUAUAAGGAACUAUUACAGUUUAAAAAGUUAAAGAAGCAGAAACUCCAGCAGAUGCAAGCUGAAAGUGGAUUUGUACAACAUGUGGGCUUCAAGUGUGAUAACUGUGGCAUAGAACCUAUCCAGGGUGUUCGGUGGCACUGCCAGGAUUGUCCUCCAGAAAUGUCUUUGGAUUUCUGUGAUUCUUGUUCAGACUGGAAAGUCAAAGACAGCAGUCUGCAACUUGUCUCCCUGGCUACAGGCUUUCCAUCUGAGGGCAGAGACUUCGGCUUCGCCCUGUGUGUCCCUCACGGCACCUUGCCUCUUGUUUUACCUCUCCUUCCUCUUCUUUCAACCAACAAACGCUUCCUGGGUGCUAACAUUAUGUGCUGGAGAUACCAAGCUGAACAAGACAAAAUGACCCUGCUCUCACAGAGCUCACAACUCAAGAACAGAGAUGAAGAAUUAACAGGAAUUUAUGCUGUUUUGAGGCCAGUACAGGAGCUGUGGAUACAGGAACACCUUCCACCAUGUUGGGAGGGCAGGGAGUUUCCUGAGGAAAAUCGGCAGCAGCAGCAGCAGCAGCAGCACUACAGAAGCAUAAGUGCUUUCAUUUUUAAAUAAAAUAUUUUUAAUUAAAA